CUCCAGAGUGAAGCUCCAGAACUAUUGUAUCUCCCCAUGUACACUACACAAAGCUACCACCAUUGACAGUUUGUUUUCAUAAAACGAACCUCCAGAGGAGAACUCGCCGACUUCUAUCUGAUCUCUCUCUGAUACGUCCAUACUCAAGUGACGACCAUUCAUAAGCAUAGCCUAUCAUGUCGGGCGCCGGUGACCGUGAACCGGUCUUCCCGACCCGCCAAUCCCUCGGCAUAAUGAAAUCCAAACUCAAAGGCGCCCAGACAGGCCACGACCUCCUCAAACGCAAAUCCGAAGCUCUCACCAAACGUUUCCGCGACAUCACGCGCCGCAUCGCCGACGCCAAGGAGAAAAUGGGCAAAGUCAUGCAAAUCGCCGCCUUCUCUCUCGCCGAAGUCACCUAUGCCACGGGAAAUAAUUCGAUCGGAUACCAGAUCACGGAGACGGCGCGCGAGGCUAAGUUUCGCGUCAGGACGAAGCAGGAGAACGUGUCAGGUGUGUUUUUGCCGCAGUUUGAGAGCUUUACGGUGGAGGGUGUGAGCGAUUUCGGUAUGACGGGUCUCGGAAGAGGUGGACAGCAGGUGGCCAAGUGUCGGGAGACGUACACGCGGGCGGUGGAGACGCUCAUUGAGCUGGCGAGUUUGCAGACGGCGUUUGUGAUUCUGGAUGAUGUGAUCAAGGUGGUAAACCGGAGAGUCAACGCAAUCGAACACGUCAUCAUUCCCCGGACGGAAAAUACUAUCAAAUACAUCAACUCGGAACUCGACGAACUCGAUCGAGAGGAAUUCUACCGGUUGAAGAAAGUCAAGGGUGUCAAGGAGCGGGCACAAGCGGAGGAGGAACUGGAGAGAAGGAAGAAAGCCGCCUGUGCAUCUGGAAGUGACAAGGAGAAUGACAGCGGGGAGGCGAAGAAUGUUCUCGGCGAUGAUGGUGAUGAGGAUGUAAUUUUCUAGAGCAUGAGUAUGGCGAGGACGCGAAACAUAUCAAUCUGUACAGCGAUCACUUUGAAUGCUUCCCAAACUUGUCGUGUAUCAGGAAGCUUUUCUGAUUGAACUUGGGUCGAGCUGCACUCACGGCGGCGCAUUCUGGCAUUCCUGGCGAGAGAAUUACCAGCCGAUGAACAGAUGGAUAUGCAAGAUACCAGAGAUGUCACAAAUCCCGAUGAGCUUCACACUGAGUGACUGUCGAAACAGUCAUUCCUGUACGGGGACAACGUAGCCACGAGAUAGUCGCCUGACAAUUGGAAUACUUGAGGGUGUGCACAUCAGGCGAAGGCACGAAAUAACCACUUAAUUACGUGUGACUUGUACCGUUUAUAUGCCGAUAAUCCAA